UUUGAAUAGAUAAUUGGAGAGAGAGGCGCUCAACAGUUGUCAUUAUUGAGAUUAAUGACUUUGUUCACAAGUCACCUACUGGUGGGAUUGGGGGAAUGACUCCAUGAUCAAUUCUCCUCUUUCCCUUCACUUUCCUUUCCCCUACCUAAUCGAUCAUGCCGCUAGUUGCAGAUAAUAAUUAUGUAAAAAUAAUAAUAUAAUUUAUAUACGUAUCUGAUCAUCAUCAGGUCGCAACUUGGAAUGACAACUAAGCUGGCCGAUUACUUAUACUAAUUGCAGAGCUGGAACUUGAUUACGUCUACUCGCUGAUUGCAUGCAAAUAAGAGCUGAGAGAAAGGAGAAAAAAAAGAAAAAGGAAGACAAUGAAUUGCUUAAGAAGCAAAUCCGUCUUCAUUAUUCAUAUUCUGUUGAGCUGUAUGUAUAGAAGCUGCUGUUUGAUGCUAAUUAAUUUCAGUUGGUUCAUCAUUUUCAUUGACUAAUUGCUGCCUGAUGCACUGUUCUCCCCACCUAAGCUUGUUUAAUUUCCACAUCUUUUUUUUCUCUUAACAUGAUUUUUUUUUGUCGUACCGAUUACGUUCCCUACGAGCUAAGAAGGCAAGGUGAAAAUAAAACAAAGACGUUGCGAGUAGGAGUUAAUAUUUUUGUGAGAUAAUGACGAUAUUCUACGCUAUUAGAUGAUAUGAAAUCAAAUUAUUCUUUAUGUUCGCGUUACUCAAAUCGACAUUCUUGCUUUCAUUUUGUCUACUACAGCUCAUAUGAAUGCUUUAAAGUCAAACAGCCAUUUAUCGAUGUAUUUUACAUCCCACGAAUUCAACACAAGAGCCCUCAAUUAGUGAGCAUAAAUCCAGCCACGUAAUGAAAAUCCUUACAACAACCCCAUAGAAACCAUAGCCAUAUUGAUCGGCCCAGAUUGAAAAUAUCUAUUAGUUUCAUAAUGCCGGCCCGGCGCGUUAACCUCAAAAGUAAAUUAUAGCUGUUUUCAGUGGGGCAUUUAAUUGGGCUUUGGCCCAACACCUCAUGUCCAGUAUCAACAGUUGCAUGCCCAAAUAUUUUUUAAUUAGAAUACAAUAUAAUGGGCCUGAACCAGGAAGCCUAAGCCUAGGCCUGGGUCUGUUUCUGUUGGCUUGGUCUCCGGAGGAAAAAGAGCGUUGCCGCGUGGGUGGGACCCUUUAGCAAGCGUCAAGUUCGGGGAAACGAAAGUACGAAACCCCGAGAAGGCCACGUCGAAACACCCAAUAACAGACGGCCACGAGACACCCGCCACGAGCUCCUUUCUCAUUGGCCGAGCGGAUCAGACUUCGCAACCUCAUUGGUCCACGUCACCAUCAGUGACAUGUUCUCUCUCAGUUCAUCAACAAAAUGAAAGAUCGAAGAAAUGCGAACGCAAAGGGCGAAUGGUUAUGUUGAAGGCUCUAUAAAACCCACUAUUUCCCCACGCGCGCUUAAAGUGUGUGUGUAUCAUCGAACACAAAUCUGAAGGCCGUUUGAAAAACAGAGCACGUCACUCUUCCAUCAGCUCUUCGCCUCUGCGGGGGUUUGCUUCUUUCCGUUGUUGAUUUGCCGAGCAUAGUUGCAGUUGAGGAAACUCCGGGGGAUUGACGAAGAAAGAGUUGCUCGCUCACCAUGGCUGGCUCUCAAAGAGCACGCGGUCUCGUCGUCUCGGCGGUUCUCUUGUUCGGCUGUCUAUUUGCAAUUUCUAUUGCGAAAGAGGAAGCCACCAAGCUAGGAACUGUCAUUGGGAUAGAUCUUGGAACAACCUACUCCUGUGUCGGUGUGUAUAAGAAUGGUCACGUUGAAAUUAUAGCCAAUGAUCAAGGAAACCGUAUUACUCCAUCGUGGGUUGGGUUCACUGAUGGUGAGAGAUUGAUCGGUGAGGCUGCAAAGAAUCAGGCAGCUGUGAACCCUGAAAGGACCAUCUUUGACGUCAAGAGGCUUAUCGGAAGAAAGUUUGAGGACAAAGAGGUCCAGAGGGACAUGAAGCUUGUCCCAUACAAGAUUGUGAACAAGGACGGGAAGCCUUAUAUCCAAGUUAAGAUCAAGGAUGGGGAGACCAAGGUCUUCAGUCCUGAAGAGAUCAGCGCUAUGAUUUUGGUUAAGAUGAAGGAAACAGCAGAGGCUUUCCUCGGAAAGAAAAUCAAGGAUGCCGUUGUCACCGUUCCCGCCUACUUCAAUGAUGCCCAGAGACAGGCUACCAAGGAUGCUGGUGUUAUCGCUGGGCUUAAUGUGGCUAGGAUCAUCAACGAGCCAACUGCUGCUGCCAUCGCCUAUGGUUUGGACAAGAAGGGUGGCGAGAAGAACAUCUUGGUCUUUGAUCUUGGUGGUGGUACCUUCGAUGUCAGUAUCUUGACCAUUGAUAACGGUGUGUUUGAGGUUCUUUCCACCAACGGUGACACCCAUUUGGGAGGUGAAGACUUCGAUCAUAGAAUCAUGGAUUACUUCAUCAAGUUGAUCAAGAAGAAGCACGGAAAGGACAUCAGCAAGGACAACAGGGCUCUCGGAAAGCUCAGGAGGGAAGCCGAGCGUGCCAAGAGAGCUCUCAGCAGCCAGCACCAAGUCCGUGUGGAAAUUGAAUCACUCUUUGAUGGUGUGGACUUCUCCGAACCACUCACCAGAGCUCGCUUUGAGGAGUUGAACAACGAUCUGUUCAGGAAGACCAUGGGACCAGUGAAGAAGGCCAUGGACGAUGCUGGCUUGGAGAAGAACCAGAUUGAUGAAAUCGUCCUUGUUGGUGGAAGUACCAGAAUCCCCAAAGUUCAACAGCUCCUCAAGGAUUACUUCAACGGUAAAGAGCCCAACAAGGGAGUCAACCCUGAUGAGGCUGUUGCCUAUGGUGCCGCCGUCCAGGGUGGCAUCCUUAGCGGAGAAGGUGGCGACGAAACCAAAGACAUCCUUCUUCUGGAUGUUGCACCCCUCACAUUGGGUAUUGAGACUGUGGGCGGAGUGAUGACCAAGUUGAUUCCGAGGAACACCGUUAUCCCCACCAAGAAGUCUCAGGUUUUCACUACAUACCAGGAUCAGCAGACCACCGUCUCCAUUCAGGUCUUUGAAGGUGAAAGGAGUCUCACCAAGGACUGUAGAGAGCUCGGUAAAUUCGAUCUCACCGGAAUCCCUCCAGCUCCCAGGGGCACCCCACAAAUCGAGGUGACAUUCGAGGUCGAUGCCAACGGUAUCCUGAACGUGAAGGCCGAAGACAAGGGCACCGGAAAGGCGGAGAAGAUCACCAUCACCAACGACAAGGGCCGCCUGAGCCAGGAAGAGAUCGACCGGAUGGUUCGCGAGGCCGAGGAGUUUGCCGAGGAGGACAAGAAGGUGAAGGAGAGAAUCGACGCCCGCAACAGCUUGGAGACAUACGUCUACAACAUGAAGAACCAGAUCAACGACGCCGACAAGCUUGCUGACAAGCUGGAAGGCGACGAGAAGGAGAAGAUCGAGGCCGCCACCAAGGAGGCCCUGGAGUGGCUGGACGACAACCAGACCGCCGAGAAGGAGGACUACGAAGAGAAGCUGAAGGAAGUGGAAGCCGUCUGCAACCCUAUCAUCACCGCCGUGUACCAGCGGUCCGGUGGUGCCCCAGGUGGCGCAGGUGCUUCUGGAGAUGAGGAGGACGAGGAUUCGCACGAUGAGCUGUAAUUUCCUCAUUUUGGCUUCCUCUCUUUUUUUUGGAGAUAAACGACGGCGUAGUCUACUGCUUGGGAGAACGGUGAAAAUGCUUGAUGUUCGAGGGCGGGAAGGAAAAAAACAAUCUAGGAGUAGCGUGAGAGAGAGCUAGGGGAAGGAGAUAUGGAUUAUAGCGUGAGAGGAUUUUCUCCAUUUCCCCGGUCUCUCCCGUAGCCUGUUUUUCUUCACUUUUUCUUUGGUUCCGUCAAUACAUUCAAAGUGUUAAA